GGAGUUUCCUUUCCAGGCUUCCUUCCCUGUGAGUGUGUUUUGGGUGAGAAGUGGAGGCAGAAUCCAAUUGCUCAGUCUUUGUGUUGGGUUUUCCCUCUGUGCUAGUCCUCUUUCUCCCCAGCACAAUGACUCGUGUCUGGAUUGUCUCUCUCCCAGCACAUCAUGAGAGAGUGAGUGAGAAUGAAGAGGAGAAUCAUGAUGCAGAAGUUCCUGGGUUGGAAUUGGAGACUCCCUCACUGGUUCCUCUAAAGAAGAACCCCAACGUUGUAGUGGUGUCUGAAAAAUACAACCUGAUGCCGAUGAAGAGACAGAGCACGUCCGCCCCCUCUGGAGACAACCCACCAGUAGAGAAGAAAUGCAAGCCUCUGAACACCACCCCCAACAGCACCAAGGAAAUCAAAGUUAAGAUCAUCCCCGCGCAACCAAUGGAGGGCUUGGGCUUCCUGGAUGCCCAGAACUCUGCCCCCAUCCCGGGGAUCAAGAUAAAAAAGAAAAAGAAAGUCUUGUCUCCUACUGCAGUCAAGGCGAGCCCGUUUGAAGGGAAGCUAGUCCCAGAAGCGAGCGCUGUUAAACCAUCCUCUCCAGAACCUGGUACUGCAUCCAAGCCCGUGGAGGUGGAUCAGCCCAGCACUCCUGUGCCAGCAGUAGAGGUCCCAGAGCUGAUGGAGACCACUGCUCUGUGUCCUAUCCCCGCAGCCUCGUCUGAGCAGAACUCGGAUGCCAAGCCCUCCGAGAGCACCGCUGACUCCAUGCGGCUUAUCAAGAAGGGCAAGAAGAAGAAGACAGUGACUUGGCCUGAGGAGAGCAAGCUGCGGGAGUACUUCUACUUCGAGCUGGAUGAGACUGAGCAAGUCAAUGUGAACAAGAUCAAGGACUUUGGCGAGGCAGCCAAGCGGGAGAUGCUGAAGGACCAGCACGCCUUCAAGACGGCGCGCCGGCUCAGCCACAACGCCAUGGGGAAGAAGGUGCCCUGGGUUUACCCCAAGCUCAUCGACCUGCCUAGCCCCUUGGUGCAGCCGGGCAGCGGCAGCCGCGAGAAGUUCACCCAGGCCGAGAGGGAGAAGGGCAUCCUGCAGGAGAUCUUCCUCUCUAAGGAGAGCGUUCCAGACAGUCUCCACGAACCCGACCCGGAGUCAUACGAACCCCUGCCGCCCAAACUCAUCCCACUCGACGAGGAAUGCACCAUGGACGAGGCCGCCUACCAGGAAGGACUCGACUCAGCCGCCGCCUCGCAGUCUCUUGGCGGAUCCCGGGCCUCCAAGCUGCCUCCAGUGCUGGCCAACCUGAUGCCGGGCCCCGUGUUCCCCAAGAGCCCUCAGGGCCCCAACCCCAGCUCCUCCAUGAACGUGCAGGAGAUCCUCACCUCCAUCACGGGCGGGCCCAACAGCCACAAGACGGAGGAGCUAAUGAAACAGCCGGAUUAUUCGGACAAGAUCAAACCCUUGCUUGGCAACCUCCAGACACAGCCCCCGGGGCCCUCAGGAGUGCCCCACGGGCUGCUGGGCCAAGGGCCUCUCGCCAAUGGAUUCCCACCUGGACCAAAGAACAUGCAGCAUUUCCCUCCCGGGGGACCAGGACCCAUGCCUGGUCCCCAUGGUGGCCCUGGGGGUCCUAACAUGCUCCCAGGUACCAGCAUGCUUGGUGGGCCCAGGAUGAUGGGCCCUCGCCCUCCGCAGCAAGACAUGUCGCACCGCCCCGUGUGUCGCCACUUCAAGUUGAAAGGCAGCUGCAGGUACGAGAACAACUGUGCCUUCUACCAUCCCGGAGUGAAUGGGCCGCCCCAUUGCAGCGCCCAGGGUCCUCCCCUCAGUCUGCUGACGCCCUGUGAAACCGCCCAACACAGCCGCCCCCACUUCAUGGACUCUGGGGUGCCCGCUGUCAGACUUGGGCUGCAUCCACCACUUAUGGCUUCUGUGAGGCCUUGUAAUGCGAGGAAGAGGAAGAAGAAGAAGCAACCCCCCCUGAUGGCUGCUGCUACUGAGGAACCACUGCAGGGGGAAUUCCCCCCACAACUCCACUCCCUCCUGUAUUUUAACAUGAUGGUGGCGCUGAUGAGACAUGACUUUGCACCCCCCCAGUGACUUUUUGUAAGCACUAGAGCUGCCGCCUGUGGGUUGUUACCACUGUGUACAUCUCUGUGGAACUAGCAACGGUGUAAAAGGGGGUGUUGCAUGGCUGCCCUACCCGGCUCCGGGCUGUGAUCUGUCCACAGGUUCACCUGCUGCAGACCUAAUCUGAAGACAUUUUGCCUGGGGAGACUUGACCCUGAGGAGCAGCUGGCCACACUGCUUGGCUCCCCCCAGGGGUGAAAGUAACUUAAAGGACUUGCCGGUACGCCAGAGUCCUGCGGAGGGGGAGGGGCCUCAACCAGAAGAGGCGUGGCCUCUAUCAGAAGAGGUGGGGCCUUUAAAUCCCAGGGCUUUUAAAUCAGGAUUUAAAGGGCUCAGUGAUUCACCUGAAGCUAGGAGCUGGGCCCUUUAAAUCACCCUCAGAGGUACCAGCUGCAGAGGCGGCUGGGAGCCCCGGGGGUUUGGGCAGGGGUGAAAGUAAUUUACAUUUCUGACCCAUGUGGUCCAAUCACAAGCAACCCACCCCUCCUAUGUACUUCAUGGAUCCUUCCCAUUGCGUGACAUAGUGGCUUUAUUUUCUCUAUCUAUACUACUACCAGUACUGUCUGUAAUAAAACUUUACUAUUGGAAUAAGCCUGAAAAAGUGAAAACUCACUGUCACAUUUUUCUCCGUGUCUUCCCUCCUCCUCC